UGCGCGCGCACACACACACACACACACACACACACACACGCGGCGCUCACAGACACACGCUCCCUCCCUCCGGCGCGGUACCCCUCUCCCGCUGGCCGCGCACGCCGCCGGCGCCCCGCGCCCAGCGCCUGCCGCGGCCAAGCGAGGCCAGGCUGGGCUUGGAGCUGCUCAUGGAGAAAGUGCCAGGCGAGAUGGAGAUUGAGCGCAGGGAGCGGAGCGAGGAGCUGUCCGAGGCGGAGAGGAAGGCGGUGCAGGCUACGUGGGCCCGGGUGUAUGCCAACUGCGAGGACGUGGGGGUGGCCAUCCUGGUGAGGUUUUUUGUGAACUUUCCCUCGGCCAAGCAGUACUUCAGCCAGUUCAAACACAUGGAGGAGCCGCUGGAAAUGGAGCGAAGCCCCCAGCUGCGGAAGCACGCCUGCCGGGUCAUGGGGGCCCUCAACACCGUAGUGGAGAACCUGCACGACCCUGACAAGGUGUCCUCUGUGCUGGCUCUCGUGGGCAAAGCCCAUGCCCUCAAGCACAAGGUGGAGCCCGUGUACUUCAAGAUCCUCUCUGGGGUCAUUCUGGAGGUGAUCUCUGAGGAGUGUGCCAGUGACUUCCCGCCAGAGACGCAGAGAGCCUGGGCCAAGCUGCGUGGCCUCAUCUACAGCCACGUGACCGCUGCCUACAAGGAAGUGGGCUGGGUACAGCAGGUCCCCAACGCCACCACGCAGGCAAGGCAGACGUCCACAUUUUAGAGGAGAAGAUCUGGGGCUCUCCGGGGCCACCAGACUCACACAGCAGCCCACCCAGCACGCUGCCCUCUUCAGGGCCGUAGGACCCCUCCCAGCUCCCCCUCCCUGGCAGCACCUUGAGCAGAAGGCUGAGUUCUGAAGACCCUCCUUGACCCUUCAUUUCUGGGUGCCAAGGAAGCUGGAGGAACCCCGACUCGUCUUCCCCGAAGGAGACCUCCGCCACAGUCCCCUGAGCUGCCGGGAGACGGCACUGGCUGCCUGGAUGCUGACCCCAGCGCAGCAGGGCGGGCGGGGACCCUUCCACCUCGCAGAGCGGGGCCCACUCUUAGCUUUUCUACUCACUGUUAGAGAAGGACCUGGCUGAGCGGCUGGCGGGAAGCGGGGACAGGGCUGUGAGUCACUCGGAGGGAACCGGCCCGUGUCAUUGUGCCGUCCAGCAUGCGGGUCUACACCUCACCAUCUAGAGUAUCACGCACACGUGUCUACCAUAUACUCUACAGAUAUAUUCUAUAUACAAUAUAUAAAUAUAAAUAUAUAUAUACACACACACACAUAUCUAUCCUGUGUGUCUGAGGCCCAGGGCCCUCAGCCCCGCCUACCGAUGUGUGAGGCCUGGGCGUCCUGGUCACGCUUCGGGCGGAGCGUUCUGGAGCAGAGAGUCGCAGCAGCACGUGGGAUCAGGCCUGGAUGUGCAGGGUUGGGGUGACCCAGCUGCCCGGCUCCACACAUUCCUGCUUUCUACUUGCGGGAAUGAAGGACUCAGCUCCCCCACCGCCCCCACACAAGAUUUGACUCACUGACUUGUCCUAGAAUUGGCAAGGCAAGGGCAGACCAAGGGGCCCAGAAGCUUCCCGUGGGGUGACCACUGGAGCAGGGACCCCAGUAAAGAAACCUGUACUGCCAGCCCACCUCUGGCCCCAGGGACAGCCCCAGGGGUACAGGCUGCAAGGUGGAGAGCCACGGCCUUCCCGGCUCUCCCUGCCCUCCCCCUGGUUGCCCGUGGGUCCUGUCCCCCCAUCUGCCUCGCCGGGCACCCCUUUGUGUGCCCCUUGGUCACAUGCAUCAUCCCAAAGGGUGUUCUGCUGCUGUGACUGCCGGGCCUGCGCCCCUCCUGUCCACCCUCACGCUGUCCUCCUGUAACUGCGCGUCCUCCUUUUGUAGUUUCUGAUGUUUGUAACCAGACCCAUCUGUGUCAUUAAACAGACCCGUUCUUCCUGUA